UGUGACCAUCAUGAGCAGAGGCCGUUGCAUUGGGCUGAUAGCAGCCUCCUGGGUGGGAGGCUUUGCCCACUCCAUAGUACAGAUUUCUCUCUUGCUGACACUUCCAUUCUGUGGACCCAAUGUCCUUGACACUUUCUACUGUGAUGUCCCCCAGGUCAUCAAACUUGCCUGCACAGACAUCUUUGUACUUGAGCUGCUGAUGAUUUCCAAUAAUGGCCUGGUUGCUACUCUGUGGUUUGUGUUGUUGGUGGUGUCAUAUACAAUCAUUCUGAUGAUGCUUAGGUCUCAGUCAGGAGAGGGCAGGAAGAAAGCCAUCUCCACCUGCACCUCCCACAUCACUGUGGUCACCCUGCACUUUGUGCCCUGCAUCUAUGUCUAUGCCAGACCCUUCACUGCCCUCCCCACAGAUAAAGCCAUCUCUGUCACCUUCACAGUCAUCUCCCCUCUGCUAAAUCCCUUGAUCUAUACUCUGAGGAACCAAGAGAUGAAGUCAGCCAUGAGGAGACUCAGGAAAAGACUUGGACCUUCUGAUAGAGAAGAGCAAUAGCUCUUCCCCAUCACAACAUUUUCAAACAUUUGCGUGUAAAAUAAGCUUUAUUCUCUAUACUUGUUUGUCAUUUUUCUUCCCACUGUGGCAUAAAACAGCUCAAAAGAUAUCAAAUUAAUAGUUUUAUUUCUCCCAUGUGUUUUCAGUAUGUAAAAUAUUGUCUCACAAAAUCACCAAGUCAAUCUCAAAAUAUAAAGAAAUAGAUACAUGAAUUAGAUCAUUCCAUACUGUAA